GGACCACUCAGUGCUACUCGAGGAUAUCACACACAAUAGUUCGACUGGCGUAGACAGUUUUUUUCUCUGCUCCAGCGCAGGUGGUCACCAUGAGACUGGUGCUUCCCAACCCAGGACUGGACCUCCGGAUCCCCAACUAUGAGGAUCUGGAGAGGAUGGAUAAAGAAGAAGCGGACGGCCGGCCCAAGUGGGACAACAAAGCCCAGUACAUUCUGACCUGUGUGGGUUUCUGCAUUGGACUCGGUAACGUGUGGCGAUUCCCUUACUUGUGUCAAAGUCACGGAGGAGGGGCCUUCAUGAUUCCCUACCUGAUUCUGCUGGUGGUGGAGGGGAUGCCUCUCCUGCUGUUGGAGUUUGCCAUCGGCCAGCGUCUCAGGAAGGGCAGCGUAGGAGUGUGGAGAGCCAUCAACCCGUAUCUGACUGGUAUUGGUGUAGCAUCCAUGCUGGUUUCCUUAUUGGUUGGACUUUACUACAACACCUUAGUAGCCUGGAUCCUGUGGUAUCUCUUUAAUUCCUUUCAAGACCCACUGCCUUGGACCCAGUGUCCUCUCAAUGACAACGGGACAGGUUUUGUUUCAGACUGUCAACGGAGCUCCACUGUGGAUUACUAUUUUUACAGGGUGACUUUAAAUAGUUCGGCCUCCAUAGGCGACUCUGGGGGGAUCCACUGGCCCAUAGUACUCUGCCUGCUGGCCGCCUGGACUGUCGUUGCAAUCUGUUGCAUAAGGGGCAUUGGCACUUCAGGCAAGGCGGUGUACGUCACUGCCAUUCUGCCGUACAUCGUGCUGGCCAUCUUCCUGAUCCGAGGACUGACUCUUAAAGGCUCCCUGAGUGGAAUAAAGUUCCUCUUUACACCAGACGUGGACGAGUUGAUUAAACCAACAACUUGGCUGGAUGCCGGCGCCCAGGUCUUCUACGCGUUUGGUUUGGGGUGGGGAGGCCUCAUCUCCUUCUCAAGCUACAACCCCGUCCACAACAACUGCAUACAAGAUGCCGUGAUUCUGUCAGUCAUAACUGGCCUCACCUCAAUCUACGCUGCUACAGUCACCUACUCCAUCAUCGGCUUCAGGGCCACGGAGAAAUAUGACAUCUGCAUGAAUGAUAACAUCAUCAAAUUAUUAAAUACAUUUGAGCUUCCUGAGGACAACAUCACUGUGAGCAACUACGAGGCGGCCUUCAAUCAACUCAAUAGCUCUUCUCCGGAGACUGUUCUUGGAUUGGACAUUAAAACCUGUGACAUGCAGACACUUCUCAGUGAGGGAGUGGAGGGAACCGGCCUGGCCUUCAUCGUCUUCACAGAGGCAAUAACCAAGAUGCCUGGAUCUCCGGUCUGGUCUGUUCUCUUCUUCAUCAUGCUUCUCUGCUUGGGACUCUCGACCCUGUUUGGCAACAUAGAGGGAGUGGUGGUUCCACUCAAAGAUCUGAAUGUAUUCCCUAAAAAGUGGCCUCAUGAAAUACUCACUGGGAUAACAUGUAUUGCCGCCUUCUUCAUCUGUUUCCUGUUUGCGCUGCAUUCAGGGAUUUAUUGGGUAACACUCUUUGACAAUUUUGCUGGAUCAGUUCCACUCCUGACCAUUGGAUUGUUUGAGAUGAUAGCUGUUGUGUACAUCUACGGCAUAGACAGGUUCAACGAGGAUGUGGAGUUCAUGGUGGGACAUAAGCCCUCCAUCUUCUGGCAGAUUACGUGGAGGUUCAUCAGUCCUCUCAUUGUUCUGGUUAUUUUGAUUUUCUAUCUGGUGACUCAAGUCCAAAAAGAGCCUACCUACUUGGUCUGGGAUCCAAAAUCUGAUGAAUUCCCGUCUCUGGCAUCAGUACCGUACCCCGCAUGGAUCAACUUGGUCAUUUUUCUCCUGGCGGGGGUCCCAAGUCUUGCGGUGCCUGUUUAUGCAUUAUGUAGGCUGAUUUUCCUUCGCUGCAAGAAAACUACAGGGUAAAUUAAUUCCUUAACUAUUCCUUAGAAUUAUACAUUUCAGAAUACAACAAAAAAGUACCAUCUCUGGCAUAAGUACCUUAACUAGUUCACUGUCACUAGAAUAAUAAAUCCCUUGUGGAACCACAGUUAUAGUUCAUUAAAUCCAACCGAUUGAAACAAUUCAAAAGUAUAAAUGUAUACUAUGCUGUUAUUGUAUUACAAGCUGCAAUGGAAUAAUGUUUUUACUCUUGACAUUGCAUACUAAAUGGCGUGACGACUAACAAUAACUAUUUUGAUAAAAUAUUAACAAUAAUUGCAGACGUUUUAUUGAUGUAUUUUCCAUUCUGAGUGAACUUUGCCUAUUUGAGUAUUACCCUUUAAUGAUUGUCCAGCCAGCUUGGUUCACCGUGGCUGUCCACAUUUACAAAGAGAUGGUGUGUUUCUUACGCUUAUAAAUGGUUCAGUCAAAACAUCUUUGGUGCUUUCAGAAGUUGGAGAUACAACGAAUGUAGCUAGUCGGGUUUUUUUAAACAAUUGUAUAUCAGGACUUAGAAAUAAACCUUGUUUAGAAGCA